AUGAGAACGCAGGUGCAUGUUCUGGUGCUAGAGCAAACCCCAACAGGCAUUCUAGGCAAGGCACAAACAAUACAUCCAGUUCUGGGAGAGUCCUGCGCUGGCGUGGCGCUACGAUCGCCGCCAUCAGGACGCGUGUCCAAGCUUUUAAAUUUCUCUUCUACAGCAUGUUCCAUCAUGACAUCCAGUAGCCUCCAGGAGUGGCUUCAGGAACCCUCUAAACGCCUUCAGAUCGAAGCAGACACAAACUGCUGCAAGAGCAAACCCGAAGUUGCGCUCUUAAACGAUGCUGUUGUGAGUACGUCUGCUCUAUUGGAGGCUGUAGGCCGGGGCGGCACCACAGGAAGCGAAACGGUCGGAGCUACCAGGGCCAAACUGGAGAAGCGUGUUUACUUCCAGAUCGCGCAGUGUGCGAGUCUUGGUCCAGACUCGCCCGUAGCGGUCGUUGCGAAAGCACUGCGUUUUUACGAGGUCGAGGAGUUGGAUGCGCUCUUUCAGCGGUGCCUGCAAGAGCUUGCUCGGUUACCGCUCCGCGAAGGGCGCACUCCCGCAUACGUGGCGUGCGUGCGUGACUGGUUAGAGGCGUUACAGUCGUACGCACAACGUUAUCGUGAGGGUGCUUGCUCACGACUAGUACCCGAAGACGUAUCGACGCCAAACACGCAACCGGAAACGGCAACUGAGCAGUCGGGGGAGACGCUGUCGUUUGCGGCACCGACGCCGCCACCGACACCAGCGGCUGAUGAAGGACAAAGUUCCAGACUCUCGCUUGAGAAAAUGGCGCCUGGUACAGUUUCGACGACAGCUGCGAACAGGGAAGCGCUUCUUUCCCAGAUAGAAGCAGCGGGGGACGCGAUCACCACCGUGUUGCGACCGACGCGUGCAGUACCGGCAAAAGCCCCCGCCGCCACGGAACCUGUUCGCUGUGAGCCAGCUCCGCCCGUCACGACGGUACCCACUCAACAGAAGUCACAUGAGUCAGGCGAGACACCGCUUCUACUCUUCGAGCGCACCGCAAACCGCUGGCGAAUUGAACACUUUCGGGCGCUCUCUGCGGAGCCGCUGCAGGUGUCGAUCUGUCACCCCCGCGAAACCGUCUACGUUUACCGAUGCGAAAAACAGAGUAUCAAAAUUAGAAACAAAUGCAAUACGCUUAUGCUGGACGCUUGUCGCGACGUGGUGGUGCUUUUCGAGAGUGUUGUUUCAGCUGUCGAGGUUGUCCGAUGCAGCAAGUGCAGACUGCACUUUACCGGCUGCGUACCGUCCAUCUCGAUCGACAACUGCGAUAGCAUCGUAUUGUACGGAAUGCCGGGCCAAGUCAUCACAUGCUGCGCAACGGCAGUGACGAUCGUCGAGCCAGACGGUGACACCGAGCGGGAGACGCCGAUCCCCCAGCAGUUCAUCACCCGUCGGCAGAGUGAGGAGGCGGCUGCGGCUGCUCGUACGGAAACGGCGCACCGGUGGGUCACGGAGCCGCUCAAACAUUCGGGCGCUGAAUGA